UGCCAUCUGCAUCAUCUCACUACAAUUCACUGUGGAAACCUCGAUGCCGAGGUUCUGAACCAUCUAUCACGUCUGCCAUCUUUACUAGAGCUUAAACUUGCUCUCCAACCAAAUGUCCAAUUCCAGAACGAGCUUUUAUUUGAGCAGCUUCGAGUACUUGACGUGCAUGCACAAGAUAUCCCAUCCGCUGUUGACCUCGUGAGCAGAAUGCGGAACAAGCUUACGAACCUCUCGAUCUUCAGCGAUGACCGUACAGGAGCAUCUGUCUUGGCACAAUUAUUUUGUUGCCUCUCCACUUCCGUCAGUCACUACUCGCUUCACCGCCUCCAAAUUAUGGUUGCAGAACGUCCUUCACAUGACUUAUUCUCUGUUUUAAAGCUGGAAGACCUCCACCCGCUUCUGUCACUCAACCGAUCGACGCACGUACAUCUUGAUAUAGGGUGUGAGAUCUCUUUGGACGAUGUUGCCGCCUCAGAAAUGGCACAGGCAUGGCCAAAUAUCGUGCUGAACAAAUUUCUGGAAACUCCUCUCCCUUCGUCGAUGUCCCCAAUCGGGCUCUUAUGCUUCCUCAAGCACUGUCCUAACCUAUUGGAACUAACACUUGAAAUCGACUUCUCCUUUAUU